GCAGCCUCAUCAACCAGCCCAUUCCGUAAAGAGAACACCUCUUCCAGCUGCGCAGUACGCAAUCAUGCCCGCCGACCUCCUCGGGCCACUGGCCGUAUUAUCCCGCCAGCCGCAGUCGCAACGCUACAUUAAAGCCAUCAGAAACCUGGGAGAUGCAUGGCGCCGCCUCGUCGACGAAUCUCUAUCUGAGUCAGAUACCAAUUCCACCCUCGUGGAAACCAACUUCGACCUUGAAGAGGAUAUCCAGGUGAAUAACGCUUAG